AUCUAAUUCUAUUUCUUUGGAGGCACUUCGAACACAAAAAUUCUACAACAUGCCGAUGAAAAUGGAUUUUCUAGAGGUAUUUCUUUUAUUUACACUUGUUUGUUUGAUGGAAUGUAGCAGCAAAAUUUGCCAAAACCCACCCUCCAGAGAAAUGAGGAAAUUAAGGAGGGGACUGAGUCAGUUAAAAAUCAAAGAUUUGCCAGAAAGCUUCUUUCUAAUGGAGCAAUUACGGAAUAGUACCAGUGCCGUGAGCAGCAUUUCAAUGGAAUAUAUUAACAGACUUUACGUCAAGCUGGAUAAAGACAACACAGAUUGUCCUAAAGAGCUACUUCCAGGUAUGGAUCUGUGUCCCGGAUAUAUGGUUAUGGAUUUCGACAGAUUUAGGAUCCCCAGGAUGAUGCUGCAGGUUAAGUGUAAAUGUAAAUCUUGUAUCGGACGUGACGAUGGUUCCACACACUGUGCCCCCAUGUACUACUAUACCCGGGUACUGAGGGUCACGGGUUGUGAUGACAGGGGGUUCUACAUCUAUAAUUAUCAUUGGGAGAAAGUCUCCAACGGUUGUGUCUGUAAAGGACGGAGAAAAGCCCCUCAACUUCCUCAAUAAUCGGAGGGAGAAACACAAGAGAAAUAUAUACAUGCAGGAAUUUUUAUGUGUACAUUUUUUAUUUACCUUUGAGAAUGCUUAUUUUUUUUUACUUUGUGUUUGUGUAUCAGGUUAUAUGAGUGACGCAUUGUGUAAAUUUGAGAGAGUGUGGUACUAGUAUUUAAUUUCUUAAAUAUGUGAUUAUUUUAUUGUUGAGGGCAAAACUUCAGGUAAAUGUCUCCUUAUUAUUCUAGUCAACUGCAUCAACCAGUGAUUUAAUUAUGUGCCAUUAAUCAACUAUCGAUCUCCACUGCCAAAUUCCUUAAGAAGGAAGUACUGAGUAUUUGUACACGACAUUUCACCUACAUUGGCGUAGAACUCUGUACAUUGCAUGUUUAAAGGAAGCGUAGCCAUUACCGCUUUAUCAAUUUCAAAUUGAAAUUCGCCAAGAAGGAAGUGAUCGGAUUCUUACUGCGAUACGUCCAUUUAAUAUUUCCUAACCUUUUCUUCCUUUUAUUUGUUUUGAUAAGUCAGGAUAGCACAUUGUCAUAUAUUACCAGUCAUGUCUUGCUUUUUUAUCAUGAACUUUUUCAAGAGAAAUUAGAAAUUCUUAUGAUGUUAUUUUUAUACAUUUUGUUAUUAACAGGAUAUAACGUGUUCAGUGACACAAAAGGUUUCUAAUGACUUCUUAACAUUGAAUUUAAUGUUUUAUAUUUUUAAAAGAAGCCAAAUGUCAAUCAUUAAAAAUCAUUACAUUUGCCAUGGUUGUUUCAAGCUGAUUUAUUGCAUUUAUUUAUAUUGUCUUCAUGGGACACUAACGUGUAUCUCUCUACAAAAAUGUCUUUCAUUUUGUA